AUGCAACAAGAACAACUACUGCAGUUACAUCUAGAAAAAGAACAAUCCAGUUCGCAAAAUCAGCAACGACAAGUAAAAGGCCGAACAAGCAGUCUUAAGGGCAUACAUGAUGUUACAAAAGAAUGUUAUUAUGGAUUAGCAGCUCAAGGUAUUGAUGUUAAAUCUUGGGACGCCAUAAUGGUUCACGUAAUUAUUAGAAAGCUAGACAAAGCUUCACAUACGGCAUUCGAGCAAUCGUUAGAAGACAGCCGAAGAAUAAUUUCAUUAAAAGAAUUAUUGCGGUUCCUAGAAGGAAGAUUUCAGGCAUUCGAAUCAAUGACGAAUGGAAACCACAAACAAAGUCACAAACCACGACAUCCAGCAGUAGCACUUGCAGCUACAGACUCAGGAUCAAAAUGUAUUACUUGCAAUAGAAGUCAUCAAUUAUUUUCAUGUGAAACUUUCAAACGUAAAUCCAUACAACAGAAGUACGAUUUACUAAAACGUCAUAAAUUGUGCACAAACUGCAUGAAACCUGGUCAUAUGGCAUUACAAUGCUCCAGCAGGGGUUGUAAUAUAUGCCAAAGAAGACAUAAUACACUGUUGCAUCAAAAUAGACACCCAGUUCAACCAUCAAAUCAUACGUCAGUUGAAAACACUUCAAGGCCACUUGCACAAACAACUCUAAUGUCAUCCAUCAAUCGUGGUCAUACCAGUUGCGUUCUUUUAGGAACAGCAAAACUUUUAGCCUCCAACUCUAAUGGAAGAACAGUCGAGUGCAGAGCAGUACUGGAUUCAGGUUCACAAAUAAAUAUUGUGACUGAACGAUUGGCAUCCAGAUUGGGGCUGCAAGUAAGCUCCAGUUCGAUUUGCAUCGAAGGCAUAGGGAUAGGUAAAUUGAGUUCAAAAAGUCGUACAACACUUUCUGUGCGAUCAAAAGUGACCGAUUACAAAACAAUACUUGAAGCAUUUGUGUUGCCAAAAAUUGUAUCCAAUCAACCAUCGCAACACUUACAAAUUUCAAAUUGGAAUCUGCCCAAUAACAUCCAAUUAGCAGAUCCUACAUUCUAUAAGUCUGACAAAAUUGAUAUGUUGCUUGGAGCAGAAUUUUAUCAUCAACUCCUAAGUCCUGGUCAAAUACAACUUUCAAGGGAACUACCAAUUCUACAGAACACUGUGCUCGGAUGGAUCGUAUCUGGAAAAAUCCAAAAUGCUAACACAAUGAUUGCAACAUGUGGAAUAGCAUCAGAAGAUAGUUUGGAAAACGCAAUAGAACAACUUUGGAAGGUUGAAGAAGUUGAUACUCACUCAAAGGUCUUGUCAAUAGCAGAACAACAAUGUGAAGCUCAAUUCACUCAAACUACAUAUCAGAAUGUUACGGGACGAUUCAUCGUUCGUCUUCCUUUUAUAAAUGACAGAUUCGCUUUGGGAGAUUCGAAAGACAUUGCUACAAAUAGAUUUCUAGCACUAGAGCGUAGACUUUCAAAGGAUAGUCAUCUCAAACGACAAUAUGUAGAGUUUUUAGAUGAAUAUGAAAAAUUGGGACAUAUGACCGAAAUAGAUAUUGAAAGGAUUAUGUCACCACAUUACUUUAUACCACACCAUUGUGUGCUUAAACCUGAUAGUACCACCACCAAGUUACGUGUGGUAUUUGAUGCAUCAUCCAAAACAACAUCAGGGCAAUCUCUCAACGAUUUACUACACACCGGACCAACUGUUCAAAGUGAAUUACUAUCUAUUUUAUUACGAUUCCGUCUUCCUCGUUAUGUGUUUACAACAGACAUUGAAAAGAUGUACCGACAAAUACUUGUACAUCCAGAAGACAGACAAUGUCAGCUUAUCGUUUGGAGAAAUGAACCAAGUCAACCUAUAAAGUACUUUGAACUCAACACAGUAACAUAUGGUACUAGAUCAGCACCGUAUCUAGCAACCAAAUGUUUGCAAGUUUUAGCUGAUGACAAUAUGCAAAAUUAUCCAUUAGGUGCAUCUGCUCUCAAACAAAACUUCUAUGUAGAUGACUGUUUACAAGGGGCAGAUAGUCUGAGAACAUUGUUGGAAACUCAGAGUCAAUUAAACAAAAUACUGACAGCAAGCGGUUUUAAAUUGCGAAAAUGGUGCGCAAAUCAUCCAAGUCUACUACAAGGAAUUCCACACGAUGACUUAGAAGUCAAUUUAGAUUUAGAAAAUAAUAACGAUACAACAAAAACUCUUGGGUUAUCCUGGUGUCCAAAAUCUGAUAGUUUAUGCGUCAAGGUUAAAUUGGAACCUGUUUGCAGCACGACGAAGCGCAGUGCAACCUCAGAUUUAGCAAGGCUAUUUGAUCCACUAGGACUUUUGUCACCAGUUGUGGUGAUGGCAAAGAUCUUUAUUCAAGAAUUAUGGAAUUUAAAAAUGGAUUGGGAUGAAAAACUGCCGACUGAAUUACAUAAACAGUGGUUAGUGUUCCGGAACAAUUUGACGAAAGUAAAUUGUCUGCAGAUAUCUCGUCAUAUUUUCAAGGGUGAAGUUCCUGCCAACAUUCAAUUACACAUCUUUACAGAUGCAUCAGAAAAGGCAUAUGGUGCUGCAGCGUAUAUGCGAUCAACACUUCAGAAUGGUCAAAUUAUUGUACGACUAUUGUGCGCCAAAUCUCGAGUUGCACCUUUGAAAAGGUUGACAUUACCUCGUCUUGAACUUUGUGCAGCUGUAGUUGGCGCAGAACUAGCAAAAAGAAUAAAGAACGAUCUACAAAUAAGAAAUUACCAGACGUUCUUUUGGUGUGAUUCACAAAUAGUGAUAUCAUGGAUCAACUCUCCAUCAUCAAAGUUUCACACUUUCGUUGCAAACCGAGUAAGCAACAUUCAUCAAUUAACAGCCACAAGUCAGUGGCGCCACGUCAGUUCGGAACACAAUCCAGCUGACAUUUUAUCAAGAGGCCUUGCACCCCAUAAACUACAGUCAUCAAGUAUGUGGUUUUAUGGACCUAUGUUCCUGCAUGGUCGGGAAGAACUGUGGCCUUCAAAACCAUCAUCAGCAUUAAAAUCCGAAACCCUCAUUGAUCCUGAACGGAAGAAGGAAACUCAAGUAUCUACAUUGUCUGUUGUUGAAGGCACAGCAAAUCCUGGAGAGUUCAUAUAUUCAAUAAGACAAAACAACUCAUUUGGAAGACUUCAACGGAUAUUAUCGUAUACUUUAAGAUUCGUAAAAAGAAUCAGAAGAAAACAAAAUGAUCAUUCAAGCAAUUUUUUGACUCCAGAUGAUCUAGAUGCAGCACAUCAGGUCAUCAUCAAAAGCAUUCAAUAUGCAGAAUUUAAAAAUGAAAUCAAAAUUAUGAAAUCUGAUGGAAGAAUAAAUAAGUCCAGUGCAUUGGCAUCACUGGCACCUUUUAUUGAUAAUACAGGCAUCAUAAGAGUUGGUGGACGGUUGGAUGCAGCCUCAUUAUCGUAUGACGCCAAACAUCCUAUGUUGUUGCCUUAUAACGACCCCAUUGUCAAAUUAAUAAUGGAACAAGUCCAUAAGAAAUACAUGCACUGUGGUCCGCAAUCUCUCCUAGCUAACAUGCGUCAACGAUACUGGCCAAUUAAGGGCAAAUUGAUGGCAAGGUCAGUAGUACAACAUUGUGUACGUUGUACUAAAGUAAGACCACGAUUUUAUGAACAACUGAUGGGUAAUUUGCCAGCGACAAGAGUACAACCUGGGCGAUCAUUCCUCACCACUGGCGUGGACUUUUGCGGACCUUUUUGGAUACAUUACAGAAUCCGAGGCAAAAAACCACACAAGGCAUACAUUGCUGUACUCAAUUCAAGCAAGGCACAAGAGAAGAUAAUUAACGAAUGUAAUGAAAGAGGAAUAACAUUUAAAUUUAUACCUCCUCGUGCACCACACUUCGGUGGACUGUGGGAAGCAGCAGUCAAAUCAGCAAAACACCUAUUGAUACGAAGUACUAAGACCACGUCACUAACAUAUGAGGAACUAGAGACUGUGGUACUAGGAGUCGAAGCAAUACUGAACUCUCGACCAUUGACACCUAUGUCAAGUAAUCCGAAUGACUUGUCAGCACUAACACCUGGUCAUUUCUUAAUCGGAGAACCACUCACAGCAAUGGCAGAUGCAAAGGCCCAAUCAGGAAAUAUAAAUUUGGUGACAAGAUGGAAAUUAGUCUCUCGCCUCAAAUUGGACUUUUGGGAACGUUGGAAAACCGAGUACCUCACUGAACUACAAUGUCGACACAAAUGGAAAGCAGCCAAUCCAAAUAUAAAAGAAGGUACUCUUGUAAUCAUCAAGGAAGAUAAUGUUCCUACAUUAAAAUGGCCGCUUGGACGUAUUGCAAAGGUAUAUAAGGGAGUUGACGGUCUAGUUCGCGUGGUUGAUGUUAGAAUGGCAUCAGGAACUCUAAGACGUCCUUUGACAAGACUAGCGCCUCUGUUUCCAUCCGAUGAACAAUCUCUUGCUUCUGAUGAACAACUUUCAAAAAGUUUUACAAAAGCGAAUUCGAAAACACCACACGAAGGCGCAGAUCAAGACUAG